AUGGAGAUGAUAGAGACAGAGAUUUCGUUGUCUGGUUACCACAAAAGAUAUGGUCAUCUCAAAUUCAUCGAGUUAUCAGACCCUCCUCUCACAAAAAGACCUAGAUAUUCACCCUCGGUGAUCCCUCCUCUUCCUGAUCAAAACCCUAUUUUCACUCUUAAACUAUCUCCGAUCCUUCUGAAGAACAAUAAAAGGAAGAGAUUUACACCGAAGAGUAGUAGUAGUCUCAGUGUUGAAGAGAUAACCAAACAAGUAUUCGACGGAGUAGUCAGAAAGUCUUCAUCUUGGAUCAAGUCUGAGUUCCUUGGAAGAGGCUCUUACGGUUCGGUUUAUCUGGCGACAAGUAAGAAGGCCAAAACUAAAACGACCAUGGCGAUCAAAUCUGCAGAGAUUUCACGAGCUUCGAGUCUAAUGGACGAGGAAAGAAUAUUAACCCGUCUCUCAUCUCCUUUCAUCGUUCGUUGCUAUGGCCACGAGAUUGCACGCGAGGAGACUCUGUUCGGUGGCGAGAGAACGAAUUACAAUUUGAUUCUCGAGUAUUGCUCUGGCAAAAGCCUCUUCGACUUGGUCAACAGUAACCUUGGAGGAUUGUCAGAGAAAGAUGUGAAACUUCUUGCUAGAGAUAUCCUUUACGGUCUCGACUACAUCCACAGGGCAAACAUUAUUCAUUGUGACAUCAAACCGGAAAAUAUCUUACUAGCCCCUGUCGAGAACCGGAUAAGACCUAAUGGGUACGUGGCAAAGAUUGGGGAUUUCGGUUUAGCAUUGGAGAAGGGUUCAAGCGAGUAUGAAAAAGCAUCAGGUCAUAGGAGAGGCACAACGCGAUACAUGUCUCCGGAGCUUAUACGACAUGGGAUUGUUGAUUACGCUGUUGACACGUGGGCUUUCGGAUGCACAGUUUUGGAAAUGUUAACGGGACAACAAGUAUGGGGAGAACAUAGUGAUCUCGGUUCUGUAGAUUGGGACAUUCUCAUCGGUCAAAGCUGUUACAUUCCUUAUAUACCGGAUUGGUUAUCUGAAGAAGCACAGCAUUUUCUCAGCAGAUGUUUAAAAAGGGACCCUGCUUCAAGUUGUAAGAUGAAGUAUCCAACUCUCUAUUUGGUAUGUGUUUCUGGAAGUUUUGGUAAAUGA